GCUCGGAGAUCAUCGUUUAAUUGCUAUAACUACUUCAUUACUAUAAUAUUAUAGGUACUAUUUUUACGUCAAAUUUUGUUUUUGUUUUUUAUCAAGGCUGUCCCAGACGUGGGAUUAUUACAAUGGAAGUCUUUCAGUUUAAUUUUGUACGAUUAAUGACAGUCUUCAUGAAAAAUUGUUAUUUGAAUUGCGCCAAAACAUACAGAUCAAUAGCAACAGACAGUGUUUCAACUAAGGAACAUUUUCGGAGUGCAUUAGGAAUAGUUAUCGUCUUAUUUGAAAUCAACAGUUUAUGUUUAUUGGUGCCCCCACAAAAUGUAUUGCCAGAUGGAGUCUAUUUACAUUUGUCAGGUUAUUAUGUACCAAUGGGCAUUUAUGAUAUCUUCAAACUUAUUCUAUCCAUACAAUUCAUCCAUUUUUACUUAAAAUAUUUUAUCAAUGGACAUGAAUGGAAAAGUUAUAAAUGGCUAGAAAAUUUCAUAAUAGUUUUAUCAAACAUCGUAGUUUUCACAAUAGUCUUAAUAUUGAGCUGCAUUGGCUUAAUUAUGGUGCCAAGUACUACUUUUGAAAAAAUAAUAUUUGUUAUUUGCCUAGUUGUAUACAACUAUAUAAGCUAUUUUUCUUAUUACACGGCAUGCAUAAUAGAUUGGUUUGAUAAGUACAUAUACUCAGUGUGUUAUACCUACACUUCCACAGUUAAUCACAAUGAACUAACAGAUCGACAAAAUUUGAUAGUAUCCAACUUGGAAACACGCUGGCAUAGUAAAAAUGUAAAGAAAAUUACCCAGAAGGAAACAAAAAUCGUUCAGUCAGCACCACAGGAUUUAGUAAAUAAAGGCCAAAAUAAUAUCCACAGUCAAUUCACAUCCUUGAAUACAUCAUCUCAGUCCCUAGAUGACAAAGACGAAUAUCUCAUAUCCACCCGGAUGGUGCGCCCAGAUUCUUAUUAUGAUGAAACAGAUACUUCUGCCGGGGGAAAGUCCGAGCAGAAUGAAGACCCCAACAAAUUAUGCCAAUACAAGCUUAUUACAAUGUAAACAGAUGACAGUGGCAUGUUCAAUACUAUUCUACCUGUUUUCUGUUUGACAUUACCAAAGUCCUAGCGGAGAAGCUCUUGCUGAUAGUUCAACUGUGUAGUGUGGGAUUUUUACAGAAUGUUUUAAAUAUAAAAUAUCGUUAUAAAUAUUAACUAGUAUAAUAUUAUAGUAGUGGUUAAUUAUAAAAAUUUUAAUUUUAAAUCUGACUAUACAAAUAAAUUGUAUCAAAACGUACACUUACCAUUGAGUUUAAUAAAAAUUGUCUAUUAUCUGACUAAAAUAAAUUAGAACUUGUUAUAAAACUAGCUCACUUGAUUUUUCUGUAAUCGGUUUAUCCAAACUUGUCCGACUCUAAAAUGUAUAACUAUUAAUUUAUAUAUUUAAAAAUAAAAUACUUAUAUUAUAUUAUAUUUUAUUUCCAUUUAUACGUAUACAAAUAAUCAAAAAACAAAAGUAUAUUAUUACAAUAAA